UGUUUUAAUGUGGAGCUGAAGGUUUUCUCCUCGGCGACGGCGAUGGUGAUAGAAACAACUGCGUCAUUCUGCUAAGCCGCCGGUCCGCCGUCUCAGUUCCUCUCCCCACUGUCCCCACAGAGAUACCGGCGCAAAGGCACAGCUGAAAUAGAGCCGACGGAGCCGGAUAUUAGCCGGAAAAGCUUAGAAGAAGACGAGAAAUGAAGGCGAGGGUGGUGCUCCGGAAAGUGUACGAUUACGUCCGCUACGACUUGAAAGAAAUCGCAUUCCCUUCCUCACUCCCCGACCCUCCUGGCACCAAAAUACGCCCCAAAUUGACUUUCUACCAGGGGUUCCUUGUUCUGAAGAAGGCGACGAGGCUUUAUGCUGCGAGCUGGGUCAGGGAUAUAGGUCCUGACCUUCGGCCUAAUGAUUACAAGAAGCGAGAGGAGGGCCAAGAUGGAACAAAGGGCACUACCUCCGGAGAGAAGGAACCAUCAGUGCUUGAAGAUCUUGCGGUGGCUGCAAGGGGAGGUGCCGAGACCUUGAAACCAGCCUUGCAGCGGUUGUACAUGACAAGAGCUUCUGCAUACCGAGAUGCACUGAAAAGUUUCAUAGAAGGAUAUCAGGAAGGUGUCCAGCAGGUUAUUGAGAAGAAGGAAGAAGCUGAUAAAAGACAAGAGGGAGACCCUCCAAGCAAAUCAGAUUGAUCAUCCCUUUCCGCCUAAUCAACCAGUACCCGCUCUUUUCUCAGUGAAAGUGUUGACUCCAUUUUUGAUCUUUUGCACAAAGUGAACUAGAUGGGGUUCAAUUGUUAGCAUGUCAGAUCAGCACAAGGCUCUUACUAUAAUCAAGUUGUGAUUUUGAAGAUGCCAAAACACUUGUUGUAUAUAUAAGUUUUUUUAUUGAGUGAGUAAACUUUCCUCCUUUCAGUGUAAUGACUCUUUCCUAUGGUUUGAGUUUGUAGAAUAAUAGCUUUGUAUCACAAUGCCAUUUUACUUAUGGAAGAAAUACUAUGUGUCC